AAAUUUGACCAAUCAGAACAAAGGAAUUUUAGUUUCUUUUGUUCUGAUUAGUCAAAUCCCAAUUCUUAAAUCUUUUCAAUGCUUAGUUUGAUACGGACUUUUCAGUUUCUUAUUGAAAAUCCAUAGUUUACAUUACGUUCACUGUAGAUUUCCAGUACUGACAGUUGAUAGUGAAUAUUGGAAUGCAGCUCUAAGCUCUAAGGAGCUAAUACGGUUCUUGAAACGAGGCCUCCACAUCAGUUUAUCUUUCUUCUUCCAAUGUAAAAAGAAAAAAAUAAAUUCUGAACUUCCUCCGAACGCCGGAGUGCCACAGUGCCACAGUGCCACUAGCUAUUAGUACAAUCGCUUCAGUUAAAAGAACGAAUCUACAUUGCAUGGCCUUUAAUAUCGAUUAGGUGAAAGAUUGGAUGAGAGACAGCUGAAUAUUUGAAAAACAUUUCGACGAGCGGAAUAAAAAAAUAAUAAUUCCGAAACAGUUUUUUCUAAACAGAUAAUAUGGAUACAAAAAUGGAUACAAAUAUGGAUACAUCCAUAUCCACAGAUCCAGAAGAACUAAUUUUGGAUUAUUCAUCACCUACUCUGAUUGAUGUUAUUGAUUUAACUAAAGAAUCACCAAGAAACAGAUCUUCACUAUUACCUUCAUGUCAUGGAUGGAAUGAAAAUGUAUCGAAUUAUCAUAUAACUAGGUCAUCUAGACGUAAUUUACAUAGAAAUGUCGUGCUUCCUAUAGUUAUAGGGGGUGGAAAUACUCAAAUAGAUAAUCUUGCAGAGAGAGUGUAUUCUGAUAUUGCAAGCAACAAUGAAAUUGUGAAUUUUGAUAAUACUAUUGAAAUUAAAGAAGAUAAACAAGAAGCAGAUAAACAAGAUAAAGACAAUAAACAAAAAGCAGAUGAAUAUGAAUACACAUUUGAGUCAGAUAAUAGAAUGCCAGUAUCUUUAACAUGUCCAAUAUGUUUGGAAACAUUAUCUUCUAGUUUAAAACCCACGACUACUCGUUGUGGACAUCUGUUUUGUGAAAACUGUUUGAAAGAAUCUAUUAAAAAAUAUAAACAUUGUCCAACCUGUAAAACAACUAUAAAAUUAAAAUCUUGUAUACGUGUAUAUCUUUAAAUAUGUAUAUUAUUCAUGAGCAUAAGUUUUAUAAAUUUCUUAAUAUUUCAUAUUGAUACUAUUGCACAUAAUUUGAAAAAUAAUUUUAAAUUUACUUUGAUUGUUUUUCUUCUUUUUCUAAAUCUGUCAUUGUCUUAAGAAAGUAAUGAACAAGUUUUUGAUAUAUAUUUUCUCUGUUUCAGAGAAAAUACCAGUUAUGCUUUUCAGUUAUGUUUCCAAUUAUUCAAUUGCAUUCACAUAAAUGUCAUUUUUCUCAAGAUGAUUUGUAACAUAAUUACAUAAUUAUUAGUGGAUAUUUAUAAUAAAAAUUUGUUUUAUAUAAUAAAAGUUAUGUAUAUUUUUAUAAUAAAAAUUUUGCUGCUCUCAGACAGCUUUAGACAAUUAGUUUUGUAUUAGGACUAUUUAAAAUAUAAAUUUAACAUUUUAUAUGAAUAAUAAUUUUCAUUUCUUUUUAUAAUAAGGUUGCCUCUUAAGAUGUAAUAGUGAAUCUGAAAUGAUUUGAAAUAUAUGAUAAAUGAUGCAA